UUAAAAGUAAAAUAGAUUCAGCUAGCGGAUCUUUCCUGGUAGUGGACGCAAUCAAAGGUGUUCUAUACUCUGUAAAAAAUACUGAGAGGCACGCAGAGAUGACUAAGAUCCUAAGUCUCUUUAUGGAGCGCUCUGAUGGAGCUGAUUUAUCAUAUGAUGAUUUUAUGAAAGAAUAUA